GCUCUCCGCUCUCCAGCUUUCAGACUGACGCACAACGGUCUCCGGCCUCUGAAAUCAAAGCUAUAUCUGUCAAACACCAUACUCUCAGCCAUGGUUCAAGCCGAAUCCUCAGCUAAUGCCGGCCGCAAUGGUCUCAAAGCGAGUACCGCGGGGGCUCCUCCCGAUUAUGAACUGCCCUGGGUGGAGAAGUACCGGCCGAUCUUUCUGGAUGACAUCGUGGGGAAUACGGAAACCGUCGAGCGCCUGAAAAUUAUCGCCAAGGAUGGCAAUAUGCCUCAUGUUAUCAUUUCGGGCAUGCCCGGUAUCGGAAAGACGACUUCGGUCUUGUGCUUAGCGAGACAGCUGCUGGGGGAUGCCUACAAGGAGGCUGUUCUGGAGCUCAAUGCCAGUGAUGAAAGAGGUAUCGAUGUUGUUCGGAACCGGAUCAAGGGAUUCGCCCAGAAGAAGGUCACACUGCCACCGGGUCGUCAUAAGAUUGUUAUUCUGGAUGAAGCGGACAGCAUGACAUCAGGUGCCCAGCAAGCCUUGCGACGUACGAUGGAGAUAUACUCGUCCACGACCCGAUUUGCGUUCGCGUGCAACCAGUCGAACAAAAUCAUCGAGCCCAUUCAGUCGCGAUGCGCUAUCCUGCGUUAUGCCCGGUUGACCGAUGCGCAGAUCGUCAAACGAUUGAAGCAAGUGUGCGACGCUGAGAAGGUGGAACACAAUGAAGAGGGUGUUGCCGCUCUAGUUUUCAGUGCCGAGGGAGACAUGCGCCAGGCCAUCAACAACUUGCAAAGUACGUGGUCUGGAUUUGGCUUUGUCAGUGGGGACAACGUCUUUAGAGUGGUCGACAGCCCGCAUCCGAUCAAGGUCCAGGCGAUGAUCAAGGCCUGCUGGGAGGGCAAGGUGGAUGCUGCCCUCGAGACCCUUAAUGAAUUGUGGGAUUUGGGAUAUUCUUCCCAUGAUAUCAUCAGCACCAUGUUCCGUGUCACUAAAACAAUCACGACCUUAUCCGAACACUCGAAGCUCGAGUUCAUCCGAGAGAUCGGAUUUACACAUAUGCGCAUCCUGGAUGGCGUGCAAUCACUGCUACAGCUCAGUGGCUGCGUUGCGAAGCUUUGCAAAGUUAACAUGAAGCCGCAACUAUUCGAGCCGCCUAACAAUUAGUAUAAAAGUGAUAUUUGAGGUUAGAAAGUGGCAUAUAUUUGGUGUUAGGGGCGUUUGUACAGCAAGGCAAGGUCGGGACCUAAGAUUACUAGCAUAUGGAUUUUGCACAUCACUUUAUUGUUUUUCUGUGGAGUAAUCAGGACGA